UCCGCGAGCAAACGUUGAGUGGAUGAUGAAGACUAAACCUUGCCUUGUUCUUGUCUGUUAAAUAUCUCGCAGAAGUUUGUCCGACUCUCUUCAAUCAAGAUGGCGCUGGACAGAAUUCUUACUUUAACCUUUGUUCUCUCCGCUAGCGCUGAAAUUGUACACGAAUAUUUCGGAAUUCAUGGAUGCUCUGAGACGGACGGAGAGGAUAUGCACGGACUUGACGAAGAGGAGAUGUGGCAUGCUGACUUCAAUCGGAAGAGAGGAGUACUGACAUUGCCCGAUUUCGCAAUUCCUAUUGAAUUCUAUGGUUUUUAUGAAGAAAGUGUUAUUGAAAUGACAGGAUGCAAAAGCGAUGUAGCCUUUUUGACAAAAAUGUUUAAGAGCCCACCACCGGAAAUGGACGCACCGCAGACGUCCGUCUAUCCGAAAGACGACGUAGAGCUGGGUGUCCAGAACACCCUCAUCUGUCACGUGACCGGCUUCUAUCCUCCGUCUCUCAGCAUCUCAUGGACUAAGAAUAACGUUAAUGUGACAGAAGGCAUAAGUUUAAGCCAGUACCGUCCGAGGGCAGACGGUACCUUCAGCAUCUUCUCAACUUUUAAAUUUACACCUGCUGAAGGAGAUAUUUACAGCUGCACGGUGAACCACAGAGCCCUACAAAGUCAACAUCAGACCAUAACAUGGGAUGUAGAAGUUGCUCUCCCAAGUGUUGGUCCAGCUGUGUUUUGUGGAGUGGGUCUGACUCUGGGGAUGCUGGGAGUCGCUGCUGGAACUUUCUUCCUCAUUAAAGGAAACAACUGCUACUGACUAUGAAUGAGUUCACUGUAUUUUUCUCACUGUGUUGUUAUAUUGGGUGACUUAUAUACACAUGGACGAUAACACCAUCAUGCCUUGAAACUUUUGGAAUGCAACAAAUAGUUAAUUUUCCUAUUUACCUUAAAGGCCGUACUGUAGAUCUCAUUUGUUACUCACGGUGUAACUACUUGUUCAUCUGUAUCUGUAAAAACGAAAGGAACAUGUGAUAUUUGUUUAAUACAGUAAAUAAAUAAUGUUUUAUGCCUA